AUGGACAUUGACCCUCCUGUUGAUGAUGUAAAAGGAAAGACAAAAGAAUCAGGAGAAAAGCCACGUUUUGAAGUUAAAAAGUGGAAUGCAGUAGCAUUGUGGGCUUGGGAUAUUGUUGUCGAUAACUGUGCCAUCUGUAGAAACCAUAUUAUGGAUUUAUGUAUCGAAUGCCAAGCGAAUCAAGCAUCGGCUACUUCUGAAGAAUGCACAGUUGCAUGGGGUAUUUGUAAUCACGCUUUUCACUUUCAUUGCAUAUCGCGUUGGUUAAAAAGUCGACAGGUCUGUCCAUUGGAUAAUCGUGAAUGGGAUUGGCAAAAAUAUGGACGAUAA